CAAUGUCCCUAUAUAUUAAAGCCAUUAUAGUGUGCCAAUCAGCAUAUACACACCUAACCUCACUACUUCACUCUUUAUCAUUGCUAAAAUUCUCUCAAAAGCAAAAUGAGAACUAAAAGUAUUAUAUUUUUAUUUUUCAUCACCUUUUUUGCUUUCAAUCCUUCAAAUGCAAAACAAACAAAGCCCUUUUCAACUAUACUCAAUAUUAACCAUGUUCUAGACAAAAUUUCUCAGCUAAAAAAUGUUACACAAGGAUUCCAUGAAUCACAGUUGCAAAUCUCAGUCCCUUUGGUGGUAGCUGGAAUUCUUUGCUUCAUAGCUUCAUCGAUAUCAAGUGCUGGUGGAAUAGGUGGUGGUGGAAUUUUCAUACCUAUACUAACAAUUGUAGCUGGUUUAGACUUGAAAGUAGCUUCAAGUAUUUCAGCUUUUAUGGUCACUGGAGGAUCCAUUGCAAAUGUUAUAUGCUAUAUGUUCACAACAAGUACUAAAUUUGGUGGCAAGUCAUUGAUUGAUUAUGAUAUAGCACUUUCAUCUGAACCAUGUAUGUUGUUAGGAGUGAGUGUUGGAGUUAUUUGUAACCUUGUUUUUCCUGAAUGGUUGAUAACCUUAAUGUUUGCUGUUUUUCUUGCUUGGUCUACCUCAAAAACUUGUAAAAGUGGGGUUAUGUUUUGGAAUAUUGAAUCAGAAGAGAUAAGGAAAAAUAUUGGAGUUCAGGAAAUUGAAAAAGGGUUGCUAGAAAAUGAGAUUACUAUGCACAAGGAUAAUGAUGGGUCAAAAACUGUUGAAGAGAAUCUUGUUUUGGUCCCUCAAGAAAAUUCUAGCAAGUUGUGUAUCCCUUGGUUGAAAUUAGGGGUGUUACUCUUGAUUUGGUUCUCUUUCUUUUCCAUUUAUCUUAUUCGUGGCAAUGGAUAUGGACAGAUCAUUCCAAUGGAACCAUGCGGUGUAGGAUACUGGAUUAUCUCAUCAGUUCAAGUACCACUAGCUGUGGUUUUCACUGCUUGGAUGGUAUUAAGAAAAGAAAGUAUUCAAGACCAGACUCUCAUACCACAGGUACAGUGUCAGAACAGAAAUUGUCCAUCAAAUAAGCUUGUUUUUCCAUUGAUGGCACUACUAGCAGGAAUGUUAGGUGGUGUUUUUGGAAUUGGUGGUGGAAUGCUGAUAAGUCCACUUCUUCUUCAGGUUGGAAUAGCUCCUGAGGUAACAGCAGCAACAUGUUCUUUCAUGGUUUUCUUCUCUUCUACAAUGUCAUCGUUGCAAUAUUUGCUAUUGGGAAUGGAACAUGUAGAGACUGCCUUAAUCUUGGCCAUAAUGUGUUUUGUUGCAUCACUUCUUGGGUUAUUAGUAGUACAGAAAGUAAUUAGGAAAUAUGGAAGACCCUCUAUAAUAGUCUUCUCAGUUAGCAUAGUGAUGUCUUUAAGUAUUGUUCUAAUGACUAGCUUUGGGACCCUAAAGGUUUGGGAAGACUACAAAUCAGGGAAAUACAUGGGGUUCAAACUACCCUGUUAAAACAGCUGUGUUACAUAAGUUUUUGUUUGUAUACCUCUCUCCUUUUUUUUAUUAGUUUUUGUUAUUUUCGCAUA